CUGCCGGCGUUCAGGGAGCAUCCGCUGACCGAACCGAUGAACGACCUCUGGAAGAGGAAGUGCCCUGACCACGACGAGAUAUACAGGUACUACUGCAUGGAUGACAAGGUGUGUGUGUGCAACGCCUGCACCAUCGAAGGAGGUCACCUGGGACACACCAUCAAGACCCUGAAGAACACCAUGAAGGAUCUAAAGGGCACGCUGGAUAAACAGCUGUACAGAGUGGAGAGGAAGUACAGCAUGGCCGAGAGAAAGCUCCAGGAGCAGAAGGAGAAGGAGAGGCAGAACAAG